AUGAGUUCCAGUCUCUCACUAGACGCUAAGUCAAUAAGGAGCCUUAUCAAGAAUAACCAGGGCGGGUUUCGAGAACAAUUGGAAUGGUCAAAUAACGGUGACAGAUAUGAAAGUAACACCAUCAAGAUUACGCCCAAAGGUGAAUUACUUAUCUUACAAACAUCGGAAAAGCCAAUAAGGAGUCUGCAGUCAUGUUGUAUCCAAGUUAUUGACUCCAAAAUUAUCGUGCAAUCCUACAAUAAGAAGCAUCUGGUCCAUCUAAAACCUGCUGAUAAAACUACGUUUGUCAAAUUGCUUUCAGCGCUACUAUUUUGGCAAAACAUGAGACCCAGAGGAAUAGCCAAUAAACAAUUGACUAUCCCAUAUCAUAACUCAAAGCAAAGUCAAUCUGAAAGCUUGUUGGUAUGCAGCUGUAAAAUAUUUGGUCAAAUACCCAAGAACAAAAAUGUUGAAGUGCUGGAAGGCCCAGCGGUUCCACUGUUUCCUGACUCAAAUGAAGGUUGGUUUACUGCUAUGGUUGUUUUGAAGUCCAAUGGUGUCUUAGAGCUACUGGGUGAGUCUGAUGGAAGCUUACUCUAUUCAAUUGAUGUCAAGUUGUUGACAAGGUCAGAGAUUAGAGAAAUUCAUAACUCCAUUUUUGAGUCUUCCAAUUAUCUAUUUGUCGGUGUUAUUCCAAACCUGAGAAAUGAAGUUCAAUUGCAAAACUGCUCAACUCACAAUAUAAUACCUACAAUUUCUAAUGAGAUGGGUAGAGUCUCGAGAAUUAUUCUUGAGUUCCCCUAUAGGAUUGAUGUGGAGGAUUGGCUUGUGGCACUCUCGGCUUUUGCUAAAAGAGAAUACGUUGGGUUAGAUAAUAAGAAUCUAUUGAGGGUAUCCAGAAGAAUCAAUUUGGGUAUCUUAGAAGCCUCGCUAAAUGAGCAACUACCUAAGUUCAACGAUGAAACUUCCAAGAUAUAUGCAGAAGUUACAGUUUGGGAUGCACCAUGGUUAAGAACCUCCAUUAUUGAAAGUUCAAGAAAUCCGUUCUUCAGGGAAUCUUUUGACUUUGAUUUACCAUUAGCUACUAAAAGCUUUAUAAUUGUUUUGAAAAGGGCACUAAGUACUCGUUAUUAUCCAGAUGAUCAAAUUUUGGGGUACUCAAUAAUAGAUUCGUCAGUGCUGAAUGAUGAGGCUUACCACCAGGAAACAAGAAUACCUUUGGAACUCGACGGUGCUAAUAUAGGGCAAAUCUGUAUCACUAUUCAAAACCAAAAGAGUUACAUUCUUCCUACUGAUAACUUCAAUAAUUUUGAACAAAUGAUGUUGAAUUUGAACCCAAAAAAACUGCUGAACUAUGUGAUCAGUAAACAAGGUGGUCAUGAAUAUUUGGAAAAAACUUCAAUUAUUUUGCUUGAUAUUUUCCAAGCAUUACAGAAGGAGAAUGAGUGGUUCAACGCAUUGGUUGAUGAAGAAGUAAAUAAGACUACUUUGACAAAGACCAAGAUGAAUGAAACUACCAAUUUGUACAAUACAUUGUUCAGGGGUAAUAGUGUUUUGACAAAAUCUUUGGAAAUCUAUAAUCUUAGAGUUGGUCAAGAAUAUCUUGAGAAAGUUGUGGGUAAGGUCAUCACCAAGAUAAUUGCAAAUAAAAAAAGUACAGAGAUUGAUCCAAUGAGAGUGUAUGAAGAUGAUGAGGCUCUUAAGAACGACAUGCUACAGCAUAAUAUGGAACUUUUGUUACAGUAUGUCGAAGAACUUUGGUCAAGGGUUUACAAUACAUCAAAUGAUUUACCUCAACAGAUCAAGCAACAGUUGAUCUUAUUACGUAAAAAAAUUGAGAUGUACACCAAUGAUACCAAGAUAACUUUGAAUUGUAUUACAGGGUUUUUAUUUUUGAGAUUUUUUUGUCCUGUUAUACUGAACCCCAAAUUAUUCUUUUUGACUAAAGACCAUCAAACUGGUGAAAUCAAAAGAACUUUGACACUCAUCUCCAAAAUAUUGUUGACAUUUUCCAAUAGAGUUUUAUUUGGUGCUAAAGAGCCGUAUAUGAUGAAGUUGAAUGAAUUAUUCAUCAAAAAACAUGAAGAUGAACUGAUGGAUUAUCUUGAUAAAGUUACAGGUAAAAAAUUAGAUUUCAAUCCAAAACAUUUGAAGCUAAGUACUUCAUUAGAGAGAACAGAUAUUAUCUUGACAUCAAAGAAUUUGCUAAAAGAGCUUCCAACUGUUCCAUAUCUAAUUGAUAAAUACUUGAGACUUGAUCAAUUGGUUGAUAAGAUUUCAACAGAGUACAUUAGUCCAAAAGUUAUUGAUGAUUAUGCUGAUAAUGAAAACAAAGUAGAAGAGGAAACCGGUGAAUCAAGCCCAACUGAAUUAUACAAGAUUGGUUCAUUAGAGUUUGAAAAAUUA